GUGCUGCGGCAGCUGUUCGUGCAGACUGGAUCAGCAUGCAUCAGGCUAAAAAGUUCUGAUCUUGACGUUUCCUUGGGUCAGUCCCAAAAGUAGCCAGGUACCCAUUUGGACACACACUUUCAUGAUGUCCGGAGAUAUUCCGAAUAACCAAAGUAAACACCCAUCAAAGAUUAAAAAGAUCACCAGAAAACGAGUGUUUGCAGGAUUUGUGAAAUCCAAACUUAUUGAGGAUGAGUGUAGCAAUGAUAGAUCAGUUUCUGGUCAGACCCAUCGGUGGCAGUGUUGCAGCAAGACAUUCACCGUGGCUGCUGAGAUCCACAAACACGUGGCGCUCUGCCACAGGGAGACGGUUGAUGAAGCCAUGACCUCUGAACUCAAGGGGGUCCAUCACAAUUGCAGACGACACAAUGUUUCUAAUUUUAAAAGGAAGGAUAUUGGCCCAUGCCGUCUGCCAGGAAAAUUGCAGCCAGGAUCAGAAGGUAAUUGCAGUGAAGAUGGAAACAGGGAAGAUUCUAAUUGCAUUUCAUCAGAAGGCGAUGAAGUAAACGGCGGAAGACCCUCUGCACUUGUCCAAUUUCAAGCAACAAGUUCCAAAACUAAGGAAAAUCCCAAGUUGACGGGCAGUGACAGGGCAUUUCCAUGGUUACCCAGCCUCGAGAAAUGUCACCAUUUGGACAAAUCUGAAGAGGGGCAGAUCCUACUGUACUACAAAUACGUGGACAUCGAGAACCCCAGCAAUGUGGCUGAUUGGCAGAGGGAGUUGUGUCAAAGGUUACAGCUAACUGGAAAGAUCCGUUUGGCGACUGAAGGAAAAGGCACUGUUGGUGGCUCCCUUGAAGCUACUGAGCUUUACAUCCAGUCUGUCUUGGCCCAUCCAGUCUUCAAGGACAUGACAUCGCUCGAUUUUAAGAAAAGCAGCGGAGGUGCCGGUCAUUUUCCGAAAGGCUUGAAGGUUGGCGUCCACAAAGAGAUCGUGCCCAUGGGUAUCGACCCAGAGACCCUGAGCUACAGACAGGCAGGUGCUCAUCUCACACCGUCAGAAUUCCACAAAGAGAUAGACCUCCACAUUAAUUCAGAGACGGCACCGUGCUCAAGGGACACACUGUUCUUGGAUUGCCGCAACUUUUACGAAAGCAAAAUUGGUCAGUUUAAAAGUGCAGUCACUCCCAACAUCAGGAAAUUCAGCUAUUGGCCAGAGUACGUCGACAGGAACCUUGACUUGUUUCGAGAGAAGAGAGUGAUUAUGUACUGCACAGGGGGCAUCAGGUGCGAGCGGGGCUCUGCCUAUCUGAAGACAAAGGGGGUGUGCCAGCAGAUUCUGCAGCUGAGAGGCGGAGUCCACAAAUAUUUAGAGGAGUAUCCUGAUGGACAUUUCAAGGGCAAACUCUUCGUUUUUGACGAUCGCUAUGCCAUUCAUACCAACAAUGAAGUUGUUGCAAGUUGUUUCCACUGCGACCAGCCCUGGGAUCAGUACCGCCCGUGCUCCAGUGCCCACUGCCACCAGCUGGUGCUGGCCUGCCCGGGCUGCAGUGAGGCUGGCCGCACUGCCUGCUGCAAGCUGUGCCGCGACAUUGCCGCCCGAGCCUUGACACAAGGAGGGAAGGCGAGGGAGGAAUGCUUGUGCACGAGGAAGAGGGAGCGCAUCCCCGUUGAGAAUGGGAAGGUCUGUGAUCAGUUUUAACGAACUAACCUGUGAGAUCAGUGUGCUUUAUUCACAAAAUGGCCAUCUUGGAUUGUGCUUCCUGAAUCUACGCCAUUUAUGGAACACGAAGAAAUGGAACGGAGACUGACUUUUUUGUGCAAUUUACCUGUAUUUUUUGUCAUUUUGAAUAUAAACAGAAUUAGAGUUUUUAUCCAUAAUUUGGAAUUAGUCUUUGGAGUGCGAGCAUUGUAAUCUGUAACUAGCUCCUCUUGCAUCAUCUCUAUUCCAACACGUAUUAAGUUUUAAAAAAAUUUGUGCGGGGACCGACUUGCUUUCAAUUCAAAAUGACUGACUCAAGAAUGAGGCAAGUUCGCACUGACUGCUCCCAAUGCAGCCUCUUGGUCAACAGUGAAAGGAAAUCCUUUGCAAUAAGUAGUUUUUCUCAAUGCACAACAGUCAGGGGUGAGAUUGACCAAUGAUAAAAAUAGCUGAAAACAGCUGAAAAAAGGCAUAAAGAAGCUGAACUGUGAAAA